AUGGAUGCAUCGACAACUGCAUGUUCGUACUCUUCUCACCUCCCUUUCCCUUUCCCCUUUUUCGGCAGUGCGGUGAAGGCUGCGCUCCUCGUGAUGAAACACGUCGGGGGGAAAAUCAUGCUCUUCGCCUCGUACCCCCCCACGAUAGGCGAGUUGGUCACCAAACGCAGCGGCGGUCUGGCAGGCGCUGACGGCACGGGAAGCGAAGGCGGCAGCCGCCAGCAACCAGACCGCGAAGUCGAGCUCUUGAAGCCGGCUACCGAGGUUUACCAGCAAUUUGCGCAGCAGCUGACGCAGUCGCAAGUCUCCGUCGAUCUCUUCAUCGCGCCGUCGUCGUGCGCGUCGCCGUCGUCUUGCGGAAACGUCCCGGCGAAUGGAGCCUACGGCGCAAAGGCGGGGGGAUCUGCGCCUGGCGUGGUGUCCUCUCCCUAUUGUGAUCUGGCGACUAUCCUGCCGCUCGCAGAGUUGACGGGCGGCGAAGUCCGGUACUAUUCAGCGUUCAAUCGCCUGCAACAUGGCCAGCAACUGGAAAACGACAUCGUCCACAUCAUCACUCGCACCACGGGGUGGGAGGCAGUCAUGCGCAUCCGCGUUUCUCGCGGUUGGCGGAUUGCUGCUCGCCACGGUCGCUUCUUCCUCCGCGGCACCGAUCUCUUCGUGCUUCCCACCGUCAACGCUGAUUCUACCUUUUCGAUUUUGAUGGAACUCGACGACCAGAGCUCAGGCCCCGGCAACUCUCUCGUCGCUCCCCCCACGGGUUCAGACAACGUCAUCGCUGUCCAGGCUGCUCUCUUGUACACGAACAGUGACGGCGAACGCCGAAUCCGCGUCCACACCUUCUGCAUGCCAGUCUCUCAAAAUAUUCAGGACAUCGUCAGCUCCAUGGAUCCGGAGGUGGUCACGUGCCUUCUUAUCCAGCAGGCGAUUGAUCAGUCUCUGCGCUCGAAGAUUGCCGACGGUCGGGCCUUCCUGCAAACGAGUUGCGCCCAACUGCUGUCGGUGCUCCACACCGUAGGCAGUUCGCCGCAAGUCGCCACCGGCUACUCGCUCCCGUCCCUCCCUCACUAUGGAGCCGUGGCCGCAGCCAGCACAGGCAAUCCGGCUGGAGGCGCGUUGAUGGAGGCAGGCAGGCUCGUCGCGCUCUUCAUUUUGGGCGUCCUUAAAAGCAACGCUUUCAGGCAUGUCAAAGAAGUGUCGACAGAUCAGCGAGUCUUCUCGUGGAGCCGCCUGCUGGCGCUCCCUGUGGACAGGAUUUGUGCGUACGUACACCCGCGCAUGCUGCCUCUCCACAACCUUUCGAACUUUGGAGGCCCCCACGACCAAGUGUUGGACGGCCAGGAGGAGGUGAUUUUGCCUCCGGCCUUGCGCUUGACAGCCGAGGAGAUGACUCAAGAUGGAGCGUACCUCCUCGAGAACGGCGAAGAGAUGCUACUCUGGAUUGGCAGGAGCAUCUCGCCGCACUGGCUGUCGUGCGUGUUUGGCGCGCACUCGCUCGACUGCGUCCACCCCGACGUCGCUGCGGCUGCCAUCGGAGACACACAGGAUCCUCUCGGCCUUCGGGUCCGCGCCGUGAUCCAGAGCCUGCAAGGCGAGCGCCUGUGCAAUGCCAUGCGCCUCCUCGUUAUUCGUCAGGGCGAUCCCUCAGAGCAGAAGUUCUUCGCACAGCUCAUGGAAGAUCGCGUCCCGUCGCUCCUCCUCACUUUCGCGGAGUUCCUCCAGAAGGUCGACGUGCGGUCGCAGCUCCAGGCUCCUGCGCCGCCGAUGAUUCCAGCGGGCGCGCCUCCGCCGUCACAGCAGCCGCGCAUGUAUUGA